AUGUUGAUAGAUUUAAGGAAUAAUGACUUGAAAAUGGAAGUCCAUAUGAGUUCCGAAUCUGAAAGUGAAGAUCCGUUUGCCGGGUAUGAUAGUGAUAAGGAUAAGGAAUAUUUUCCAUCAGAGAGCGACAGCAAUGAAAAUGAAGAUCCUGCUUUUGAAAGUGGGGAAAAACUUGUUUUGGUAUCUCAGAUACCUAGAACUAGAUACGAUGUACAUAAUACCAUUGAAAAUCUUAAUAGAGAUGUAUGCGGUGUACCUCCAAAUAAUAAUGUUCUGACUGUGACACCUGUGGAAGUAGAGCAUUAUAGAAUCACAGACUCAAAUGAUAUAGAAAGGGUUCAGGUGGAAGCUGAGUGUGAAUUUGAUAAGAAGGUCCAGAAGCGAAGAGCUAGAAAACGAGAACGAAAUCCUUCUGCAUGCUCACUUAAUGUGCACAAAGAAAAAAGAAACAGAGGGGAGUCGUAUGUAUCUUCUCGAAAAAAGGUUAUGCCUGCUCGAUCUAUUAAGAACUUGAAAGACUGUAGUGUCCAGUGUCGUAACAAAUGUAGUACAUACAUUACUGAGGAUCAACGGAAAGAAAUUUUUGAAGGAUACUAUAAGCUCACAAAAGAAGAAAAAAAAAUUACGGCCGAAAAAGAUCGCUGUGACGUAUGUGAAUUUGUGAAGCUAAAUGAAAUGGAAGAAACACAGCUUGAUGAGCAAACAAAAAUUAAUUAUGAAAAACAUAUGCUUGAGAAAAAGACUUGUCGACAGGAAAGAAAUUCGGACAGGGACUGCAAGGAGAACGCAGUUCUCUGUUUCGAUCUCCAGAACGUUUUGACUUGCCCAAAGGCUGAGGUUGUCAUGGACCUCACUACACUGGCACAUGAUCUAUCCAAGAAGCUGGAUUACCCUAGUGAAGGAUAA